ACUUUACCGCUCGCUUAUCUCUGUCUGUACCUCCGCGCACGAGUUCGUAUACUUAGUUGCAGGUGCAAGCCGACGGUGCUCGAUGAUAACUUUGGUGAAUUUCUAGUUUUUCCUAGUGUGUACUUUGAGGCUCUUUGUAAUAGGCACAGUGAUGGUGUAAAAGACUGAAAAUUUAUUUUUUUCAUCCUUCCCAACGAGUGGUGUAUUCCACGCGGGUACAUCGAUAAGGAAGAUUAGAAGACCAUCCGGGGAAACAAUAGCCGUAUCGCCGCGUCAAAUCGCGUAUUUGGGUCACGUUGCGGCCGAGAUAAAUUUCUGUUAGGAAAAGAAAAAAAAAAAAAAAAAAAAAGGUGUGCGCUAAAAAAAGUAAACGAGGCAUAAGCCGUCUUGAUUCCGUGUGUACAAUGGAGCUUGGGUAGUAAGGAGGCAGACGAUCGUUUCGUACGUUUAGCGGUCGGCAUUGACUCAAGGACUUUUGAACUUUUGUGAGAGUUGCAAGAGAGACGUGCUUUGAAGAAGCAGAGAUUGCGGAAAGAGGAUUGAGAGGACUAGAAAAAAAAAAAAAAAAAAAAGAAGGGAAAAUGAAGCAGAAACUGUCGUCGUUUUUCAGAAUUGGAAUGGAGGGUAGGUUCCAGACCAAGGGCGGUGAAGGUGACGGCAACGACCUGAUCACAAUGAACAACAAGAAGCCGCCGAUGACGCUCAACGUCAACGGCCUCUGGGACGUGGUACCCAGACUGGAUCACUACAGACUGAGCAGACGCGCAAAGCGGCCGUCCCUCGCGGAGCUGCACGAAGGAAACCCAGCCAAGAAUCCAAUGCACAUGGCGAACCUAGAGGCGGGCCACUCGGAGGCGCCGGGUGGCCAAGGUGCCGCAGCGGGUACCCCGAGCCAUCACCACGAGGGCAUAAAACUCGGGUGGAUCCAGGGGGUCCUGAUCCCGUGUCUGCUCAACAUAUGGGGCGUUAUGCUGUUCCUGCGGCUCUCCUGGGUCGUCGCCCAAGCCGGCAUCAUAUACUCGUGCAUCAUAAUCGCCAUGUCGUACUUUGUCUGCGUCAUCACGACUCUCAGCCUAUGUGCAAUUAGCACUAAUGGCGAAGUCAAGGGAGGGGGCAUAUACUUCAUAAUAUCCCGGUCUUUGGGGCCCGAGUUCGGGGCCUCGGUCGGCAUCGUCUUUGCCUUCGCCAACGCCGUGUCCGCGUCGAUGAACACCAUCGGUUUCUGCGACUCGCUCAACACCCUCCUGAAAGACAACGAUCUCAAGAUCAUCGACAACGCCCAGAUGGACGUGAGGAUCGUGGGCACCGUGGCCAUCAUCGUCAUGAUAAUGGUAUGCGCCGUGGGCAUGGAGUGGGAAUCAAAGGCCCAAAACUUCCUGAUCGCCGUGAUCGUCGGUGCUAUCUUCGACUUCCUCAUCGGCGCCCUCAUCGGGCCAACCAAUUUGGAGCAGAGAGCCGAGGGCUUCGUUGGAUUUUCGACUGCGACGUUCAUGAACAACUCGUUCCCGGAUUAUCGCAACUGGGAGGGCGUGAAUCACAAUUUUUUCUCGGUGUUUGCGAUAUUCUUCCCUUCGGUGACGGGGAUCCAGGCGGGAGCCAACAUUUCCGGGGACCUGAAGGACCCGGCGAGCAGCAUACCCAUCGGCACCCUCCUUUCCCUCCUCAUCUCGAUGAUCAGCUACGUGACCUUCGUCUUGGUUGCCGGGGGCGCUGGUCUACGGGAUACCAACCACAAGGUCGUCAACGGUACCAUCGUCGAGUGCUUGGCGGGCGAGUGCACCAGCGGACUGCACACCAGCUACAAGAUGAUGCAGCUCAUGUCGUACUGGGGCCCGUUUAUCUACGCGGGCUGCUUCGCCGCUACGCUCUCGACGGCCCUCACGAACCUCCUGUCGGUGCCGCGGCUCAUUCAAGCCCUGGGCGAGGACCGCAUCUACCCGGGCCUGAUAUUCUUCAGCAAGGGCUACGGCAAGAACAACGAGCCCUACCGCGGCUACGUGCUCACCUUCGUCGUUGCCGGCGUCUUUUUGCUCAUCGCCGACCUGAACGCAGUGGCGCCUCUCAUCUCGAAUUUCUACCUCGCCUCGUACGCACUCAUCAACUUUUGCACAUUCCACGCGGCGCUUGUUCGACCCCUGGGCUGGCGGCCGACGUUCAAGUACUACAACACGUGGCUCUCGCUGCUCGGAUUCAUAGCAUGCGUGGCAAUAAUGUUCCUGAUCGAUUGGUCCACGUCCCUCGUCACUUUCGUCAUCAUCUUCGCCCUGUACCUUAUCGUCGUCUACCGCAAACCAGACGUCAACUGGGGCAGUAGCACCCAAGCGCAGACCUACAAAACGGCCCUCACCAUCGCCUACAGGUUGAACUCGAUAGACGACCACGUCAAGAACUACUGUCCCCAAAUCUUGGCUCUCUCGGGUACGCCAAACGCGAGGCCCGCUCUCGUGCACCUGGCCAAUCUCAUCACGAAGAACAACUCGCUGCUGAUUUGCGGCGAAAUAUACCCGACGCGAAUGUCGUACCGCGUGCGCUCGGCCCACCUGCGCAACGGGUACACUUGGCUGCAGCGUCAUCGCAUCAAGUCGUUUUAUCACGUGGUGGAAGAAUUGAGCCUGGAAAAAGGCGCCUCGGCCAUGAUGCAGACCUCCGGGGUCGGCAAGUUGGCACCCAACGUCGUACUCAUGGGCUACAAGACGCACUGGAACAGCUGCAGCUACAAGGAGCUCCAGGAGUACUUUAACGUGCUACACAACGCGUUCGAUCACCGACUGGCGGUGGCUAUUUUACGCAUCGCCGAUGGCCUCGACUGUUCGAAUGCAAACGGCAACCUCGACGACGACCAACAGAUCAUCCAGAGCAACUACGACCUCGCGGGUAGUACUCUCAUGCACGCCGACAGCGACUUGUCGAUGAGCGGCAGCGGCAUCACCCGCGUACAAAGCGUACCGACCAUUGGUACGCAUUUCGUUCCUCCGGACGCGACGACACCGAUGCGGGAUUCCCCGACGCACUGGAACGCGCGGGAACAUUUGAAAAACAAAAAGCGCCACAACGCCGAAAAAAUGCUGAUGAACAACAAACAAAACGGUUUGACUGUUAUACCCGAGUACCUGACGAUAUUCCAGAAGAAACACAAAACUGGUAUCAUCGACGUUUGGUGGUUGUACGACGAUGGAGGCUUGACCAUACUUUUGCCGUACAUUAUCAGCACGAGGUCGAAUUGGGAGCACUGCAAGAUGAGGAUUUUCGCUCUUUCGAAUAACAAACAGGACAUUGUCGCACAGGAGAAAGAGAUGGCAGAGAUCAUAACAAAGUUUCGUAUAAAAUACACCAGUUUGAAAAUGGUCGAUGACAUAAGCGUACAGCCGCAGCAAGAAACGCAAAAGUUCUUCGACAGGAUCAUAUCGGAAUUCAGGAAAAACGAAGCCAACGAAAGUUCCGAAUGCUUUGUGACGGACGAGGAGCUUCAAAACCUGCGUGAGAAAACGUUCCGUCAACUGAGGCUCAGAGAACUGCUUCUGGAACACUCGAGCCAGUCGACUUUGGUCUUCAUGUCGUUGCCGAUGCCGAGGAAGGGCGCGGUCUCGGCGCCUCUGUACAUGGCGUGGUUGGAGGCCCUCACGCGAGACAUGCCACCCACGCUGCUCGUACGGGGCAAUCACUCGUCGGUGCUCACCUUCUACUCGUAG